AUGGCAAACCAGACCGAGGUGUUCUUGUCGGAGCAGGUGGUUGUGCUGUGUUCGUGCGCGCUGUCCUUCCUCGGCUCGUCCCUCAUCAUCAUCACUUACAUGACUUGGUCAGACUUGAGGACAACUCCGAGGAGGCUGCUUGUGUGGCUGUCUGUGUCGGACUGGCUCUCCGCCGUGUCGUACGCGUAUGGAGUGGGGAAAGUUUUCCACUCAGACUCUGUGGACUGCGUGGUUCAAGGAGCUAUCUCCACCUUCGCCAACACCAGCUCCUUCUUCUGGACCGUGGCCAUCGCGGUUUAUCUCUACAUGUUCAUCGUGAGGUCCAACAAGAGGGGAGCAGACAGUCUGGUGUGGGUUUUCCACCUUGUGAGUUGGGGUGUUCCUCUAGCCAUCACUGUUGCAGCUUUGUGCCUGGAUAAAAUUGGCUAUGAUGCAUCUGAGGUGUCUGUGGGAUGGUGCUGGGUCAAGAUCCAUGCUUCGGAUCAUGUUUUGUGGAUGCUGCUAACGGGAAAGAUCUGGGAGUUCUUGGCCUACGUCACUCUCCCUGUUCUCUACAUACUGAUAAAAAGGCAUAUUCACAUAGCACAUGCAGCCUUGUCUGAGUACCGCCCAAUCUUGGCAAACAGUUCGACGGCUCAGUCUUUUUCAUCGAUGGCUGACAUGAAGUUAACGAUGAUUCCUGUCAUCUUCAUCUUCCUUCGCAUCUGGAGCACAGUGCGCUUCAUUCUGCUGCUGGCGAACUCCACAGCCAGACAGCACCCUGUGUUGGUCACUUUGCAUGGAAUUGGCAACACAUUUCAGGGAGCGGCCAACUGCAUCAUGUUUGUGCUGUUCACUCGUCCCAUUCGCACACGACUCUGCAGCGCCCUGUGCUGGUGCUGCCCACGCUGUACCUCCAAUCAGAGCACCACGGACCCCACUGAGGCCCAGGCCCAAAGAUGA